AUGGCAUUCAGUCCGUCGCUUGUCCUUUCCCCCUGUAGAGGAUACCAUGGCAAUUUCAUACAUUUCAGCAAAACCACGCGUGUCUAUCACGCAAAUCGCGUUAAAGUCUCCAGGCGCUGGCACGCGUCAUCAAUCCCAGAGCCGGAACAAGGUGGCAAUACGGCGGACGACGACGCGCUUAACCUGGAGCUCCGGAACAAAGUCAACGAACUCUUCGGAAGCAGGCAAAAUGUCUCCAUAGAAAUGGAAGCGGACUCGAACGUGCAGUUUAGGGUUCGAAAAAGAGAGGUUGAAUAUGAAUAUCGGCAAACCAAAGCAGCAUGGUCAGUCAUCGGUUCCGUUGCCGCACUUUCUGUCGCAGCGGGCAUUGCCUUCAUUGUGCUCUACGCCACAGGUGCCGUCCAUGGCUCCCCGAACGAGAGACGAUACGACAUGCCCACGUUUGGGACGACGUCCUACAUCGAUCCAUACGAACUACUAGAAGAGGAGUCACAGUUUCAGGAUGAUCAAACCCUUUCGAAAUGA